GGCGCGCAGGAGGCCGCAAAGGAAGGUGACAGCGGGGAGGGCGGGAGGGGUGGGGGGAGGCCGCGCUAACGACCCGCGGACGGACGGACGGACGGACGGACGGACGGACCGACGGGCCGGCAUGCGGGCGGCCCGGCUCUAGCCCGGGUGCGGGGCUCCGGCUGCAGCUAUGGAGCGGCGGCUGCGCGCGCUGGAGCAGCUGGCGCGGGGUGAGGCCGGCGGUGGCCCCGGGCUCGACGGCCUCCUGGAUCUGCUGCUGGGGCUGCACCACGAGCUCAGCAGCGCCCCCCUCCGGCGGGAGCGCAACGUGGCGCAGUUCCUGAGCUGGGCCGGCCCCUUCGUAACGAAGGUGAAAGAGCUGAGGCUACAGAGAGAUGACUUUGAGAUCUUGAAGGUGAUCGGCCGAGGGGCCUUCGGGGAGGUCGCCGUGGUGAGGCAGAGGGACAGUGGGCAGAUUUUUGCCAUGAAGAUGCUGCACAAGUGGGAGAUGCUGAAGAGGGCCGAGACUGCCUGUUUCCGGGAAGAGCGGGACGUUCUGGUGAAGGGGGACAGCCGCUGGGUGACCACUCUGCAUUAUGCCUUCCAAGAUGAGGAAUACCUGUACCUGGUGAUGGACUACUAUGCCGGUGGGGACCUCCUCACUCUUUUGAGCCGCUUUGAGGACCGCCUUCCGCCCGAGCUGGCCCAGUUCUACCUGGCUGAGAUGGUGCUGGCCAUCCACUCUCUGCACCAGCUGGGCUACGUGCACAGGGAUGUCAAGCCGGACAAUGUCCUGUUGGACAUGAACGGGCACAUCCGCUUGGCUGACUUCGGCUCCUGUCUACGUCUCAACAACAAUGGCAUGGUGGAUUCGUCAGUGGCAGUAGGGACACCAGACUACAUCUCCCCCGAGAUCCUGCAAGCCAUGGAGGAGGGCAAGGGCCACUAUGGCCCACAGUGCGACUGGUGGUCACUGGGAGUCUGUGCCUAUGAGCUGCUCUUCGGGGAGACGCCCUUCUAUGCUGAAUCCCUGGUGGAAACCUACGGCAAGAUCAUGAACCAUGAGGACCACCUGCAGUUUCCCGCGGAUGCACCUGACGUGCCGGCCAGCGCCCAAGACCUGAUCCGCCAAUUGCUGUGCCGCCAGGAGGAGCGCCUGGGCCGCGGGGGGCUGGAUGACUUCCGGAACCACCCCUUCUUUGAAGGCGUGGACUGGGAGCGGCUGGCAACCAGCACUGCCCCCUACAUCCCUGAGCUUCGCGGGCCUGUGGACACCUCCAACUUCGAUGUGGACGAUGACACUCUCAACCAUCCAGGGACCCUGCCCCCACCCUCCCACGGGGCCUUCUCGGGCCACCACCUGCCAUUUGUGGGUUUCACCUACACUUCGGGCAGUCCGGGCCCUGAGAGCAGCUCUGAGCAGCUGCCUGCCCUAGAGCGGAAGCUCCGUUGUCUGGAGCAGGAGAAGACGGAGCUGAGCCGGAAGCUCCAAGAGGCCCUGCAGGUGUCCUCAGACCAUCGGGAGCUGGAGCGGCUACAGAAGGAAGUGCAGACUCUGCGGCACAGGCUGUCAGAGACGCCGAGGGGCAGCAAGGCUUCCUUAUCCCAGACGGACGGUGGUAGCCCAGGCCGGGACUCGGACCUACGGCGGGAGAGAGACCGGCUCCUCCGGGAGCUGGCCGAGGCUCAGGCAGGGCUGCAGGCCCAGGCAGGGGAACUAUGCAGAGCCCAGGAGCGGCAGGAGGAGCUGCUCCAGAGGCUGCGGGAGGCCCAGGAGAGAGAGGCAGCCACGGCCAGCCAGACCCAGGCUCUGAGCUCCCGGCUGGAGGAAGCCCAGGAUACCAGCAGGAGGCUGCAGGCCCAGGUGGCCACCCUGUGCCGGGAGGUGACACAGCUCCAGAGACAGCGGGAGCGAAGCAUUGAGAAGGAAUCUUUGAGGGUCAAGACCAUCCACGCCGCCUCUGAGACCAACGGCACGGGGCUGCCCGAGGGCGGGCCUCAGGAAGCGCAGCUGAGGAAGGAGGUGGCCGCCCUGCGUGUGCAGCUGGAGCAGGCCCGUGGCCACGGGCUGAGUGGGAAGGAGGAGGCCCUGUGCCGGCUCCAAGAAGAGAACCAGCGGCUGAGCCUGGAGCAGGAGCGGCUGGUAGAGGAGCUGGAGAGGGAGCAGCAGAGCAAGCAGCAGCUGGAGGGUGAACGGAGGCAGACGGAGAGCAACUGGGAGGCCCAGAUUGCCGACAUCCUCAGCUGGGUGAACGAUGAGAAGGUCUCAAGAGGCUACCUGCAGGCCCUGGCCACCAAGAUGGCCGAGGAGCUGGAGUCCCUGCGGAACGUGGGCACCCAGACGCCCCCCACCCGGCCGCUGGACCACCAGUGGAAGGCACGGCGGCUACAGAAGAUGGAGGCCUCGGCCAGGCUGGAGCUGCAGUCGGCGCUGGAGGCCGAGAUCCGGGCCAAGCAGAGCCUGCAGGAGCAGCUGACGCAGGUGCAGGAGGCCCAGCGGCAGGCCGACAGCCGUCUGCAGGAGGCCGAGCAGCAGAGCCGGGGCCUGCGGCAGGAGCUGGCCGCGCUGCGGGAAGAACUGCAGGCCCGUGGGCCGGCGGACACUAAGCCCUCAAAUUCCCUGAUUCCCUUCCUGUCCCUCCGGAGCUCAGAGAAGGAUUCCACCAAGGAUCCUGGCAUCUCAGGAGAGGCCCUGAGGCCCGGUAUGGAGCCCGAGCUGAAGCCAGAGGGCCGCCGCAGCCUGCGUCUGGGGGCUGUGUUCCCCAGAGCGCCCGCUGCUGUCACCACCCCUACAGAAGUUCCUCCCGCAAAGCCCGGCUCACACUCACUGCGGCCCCGGAGCUUCCCAUCCCCCACCAAGUGUCUCCGCUGCACCUCGCUGAUGCUGGGCCUGGGCCGCCAGGGCCUGGGCUGUGACGCCUGUGGUUACUUCUGUCACUCGGCCUGUGCCCCCCAGGCCCCGCCCUGCCCCGUGCCCCCUGACCUCCUCCGCACGGCCCUGGGAGUGCACCCCGAAACGGGCACAGGCACGGCCUACGAGGGCUUCCUGUCGGUGAGCUGGGGCUGGGGAGGGGGAGGCUGGCGUGGGCGGGCCGAGAGCCCGGCAGGCCCCCCCCCAUGCCUGCCUUUCCCACAGGUGCCACGGCCCUCGGGGGUCCGGCGGGGCUGGCAGCGGGUGUUCGCCGCCCUCAGUGACUCCCGCCUGCUGCUGUUUGACGCCCCUGAUCCACGGCUCAGCCCGGCCAGCGGGGCCCUCCUACAGGCGCUGGAUCUGAGGGACCCUCAGUUCUCAGCCACCCCCGUCCUGGCCUCUGAUGUUAUUCAUGCCCAGUCCCGGGACCUGCCACGCAUCUUUAGGGUGACGGCCUCCCAGCUGACGGUGCCCCCUGCCAUGUGCAACGUGUUGCUGCUGGCAGAGAGUGAGGCUGAGCGGGAGCGCUGGCUGCAGGUGCUGGGCGAGCUGCAGCGGCUGCUUCUGGACACGCGGCCAAGGCCUCGGCCUGUGUACACGCUCAAGGAAGCCUAUGACAACGGGCUGCCCCUGCUGCCCCACACGCUCUGCGCCGCCAUCAUCGACCAGGAACGGCUUGCUCUGGGCACCGAGGAGGGGCUGUUUGUGAUCCACCUGCACAGCAACGACAUCUUCCAGGUGGGCGAGUGCCGGCGGGUUCAGCGGCUGGCCGUGAGCCCCACCGCGGGCCUUCUGGUUGUGCUGUGCGGCCGUGGCCCCAGCGUGCGCCUCUUCGCCCUUGCCAAGCUGGAGAGCGCGGAGGUGGCGGGUGCCAAGAUCCCCGAGUCUCGAGGCUGCCAGGUGCUGGCAGCCGGGUGCAUCCUGCAGGCCCGCACGCCCGUGCUCUGCGUAGCCGUCAAGCGCCAGGUGCUCUGCUACCAGCUGGGCCCGGGCCCGGGGCCCUGGCAGCGCCGCAUCCGUGAGCUUCAGGCACCGGCACCCGUGCAGAGCCUGGGGCUGCUGGGCGACCGGCUGUGCGUGGGAGCAGCCGGGACCUUCGCACUCUACCCGCUGCUCAACGAGGCCGCUCCCUUGGCCCUAGGGGCCAGUCUGGUGCCCGAGGAGCUGUCACCAUCCCGCGGGGGCCUGGGCGAGGCGCUGGGCGCCGUGGAGCUCAGCCUUAGUGAGUUCCUGCUGCUGUUCGCCACGGCCGGGGUCUACGUGGACAGCGCCGGCCGCAAGUCCCGCGUCCCUGAGUUGCUGUGGCCGGCGGUGCCCACGGGCUGGGGUUAUGCAGCCCCCUACCUGACAGUGUUCAGCGAGAAUUCCAUCGACGUGUUUGACGUAAGGAAAGCAGAAUGGGUCCAGACGGUGCCACUCAAGAAGGUGCGACCCCUAAACCCAGAGGGCUCCCUGUUCCUCUUUGGCACGGAGAAGGUCCGCCUGACCUACCUCAGGAACCGGCUGGCAGAGAAGGACGAGUUCGACAUCCCCGACCUCACUGACAACAGCCGGCGCCAGCUGUUCCGCACCAAGAGCAAGCGCCACUUCUUCUUCCGCGUGUCGGAGGAGCAGCGGCAGCAGCGGCGCAGGGAGUUGCUGAAGGACCCCUUUGUGCGCUCCAAGCUCAUCUCGCCGCCCUCCAACUUCAACCACCUGGUGCACGUGGGCCCCACGGACGGGAAGCCCGGCGCCAGGGAUCUGCCCCCGCAGGCUCCAGGAGGGAAGGGCCGAGGUACCCGCGGCUCCGGCCCGCAGCGUCCCCACAGCUUCUCGGAGGCCUCGAGGCGGCCAGCCUCCGUGGGCAGCGACGGGCUCCCUGGAGACGCGGACGCCGUGAAGAGGAAGCCUUGGACCUCUCUGUCCAGUGAGUCCGUGUCCUGCUCCCAGGGAUCUCUGAGCCCCGCAGACUCCCUGAUUCAGGUCUCAGAACGGCCCCGGAGCCUGCCCCCAGCCCCUGAAUCAGAGGGUUCCCCCUGACACCCUCUGGCAGGGCCCACCCCAAUCCCAGGACUGAGACACAUGAGUGAGCAAAGAGCUUGAGGAAUGCCAUGCUCCGGCUGGCCCGGGAUGUGUGGAAAUUCGGACUCAGGAAGGGCCUGGGCUGGACAGCGACUCAGAGGCUGGCCUGGGUUCCCAGGACCCAGGAGACCUGACUCUGAGCCAUCAUCCUGCCUUUCCCCUCUGCUCCCGGCCCCUACCUUUGCUAGCCACUGGGAAUAGAAUGGCCCCCUUUUCUGCCCUGGGGGCCCCUCUGCCCCUGGAGUCCAGGGGUAAUUGUGCCAAAGUUCUCCUUCCCAGUGUCAAGCCUCAGGAAGCCUUAAGCAAGAGUCGGGGUGGGGGUGGGUCUCUGGCGGCAAUCUGGGGUCUUGGCAAGGCACUGUCCAGCCCCCAGGUGAGGCCGAGGUGGGGCAUAUCACGGCCUCUGCUCAAGGUUGCGGUAGGAAAGACGGAUUCUGAUCCAAAGGAAAGGAGGGUGGGGUGCCUGGCCGGCUCAGUCAGUAGAGCCUGUGACAUCUGAUCUAGGGGGUGUGAGUUCGAACCCCAUGUUGGGUGUAGAGAUUACUUAAAAAUUAAAAAAAAAAAACAACUUUUUUUUUUUUUCAAAGGAAAGAA